UUAUUGCUUCUUUCAGCCCCGCCCCCUUCUGGAGAGGGCGGGGCCAGGCCAGGGGCGGGUCCUCACCAGCCGCGCCUCCCGUCGUCUUGACGACCGCGACAAGAUGGCGACCCUGCCGGGCGGGAUUCAAGGGCUGUACCCCGAGGCGCUGAGCCCCGAGCAGCUGGAGAAGCUGCGCGGCUUCAAGAUUCAGACUCGGAUUACUAAUGAAAAGUACCUAAGGACCCACAAAGAAGUGGAGUUGCUCAUAAGUGGUUUCUUCAGAGAAAUGCUUUUGAAAAGACCAGACAACAUUCAAGAAUUUGCUGCAGGGUCAUCUGGAAGCGAGAAAGCCCUGUUGCCAUCAGUGUGGGUUUCCGGGCUGUGUCUGCUGUUGCAAAGGCUUUUAAAGAUGCUCAUUAAAAACAGACCUCCCUGUUCUCUCUGCUUUAUUUCACUUAGAAGGAAGAAGACAUCCUUCACGGGAGGCUGCUCUGCCCCCACUCGGACCAGGUAGGUAGUAGGCCUGUUUCUCUGUUCGUGGCAGAGGCCUCUGAGCUAGGUCAGUGGGUGUUUCCACAUGUGCCUCAACCCCGUGUACUCCCUGCCCCUUCAGGCCACUCACUCCCAGAGCCAAGACCGGACAAAAGAGCAGGGGUGGGGAAUCCUGAGAGGAACACAGCUGGUCGUGGUUGUACUCAAGCAGAGUCCACGCUUCCAAGGUGGCUUUUGUUUUUUAUCUUACCUCCGGGGUUAUUGUACAAAGUGUACAGGUGAUGAUUAACUUUUAUUUCCAUAGAAGCAAUAGUCAGAGGAAUUGGGUUGGGUGGACGGAAGAGCGAAUGAGAUUAGACACAGAAAACCCAUUCAGGGCCAUGAAUAUUGGGAAAUAAGAGCCCCAUGGGUGACUCAGAGGUGGUGGACUUUGUUCUUGAGGAUUUUUAGGAGCAAGCUGCCCAUCCAUUUGAUUUUUAGCUUAGAGGCAGGAGAGUGGGCCGGUUGGCCUGGUAAGUCCUUUCCAGGCCUAGGAGGCGUGGAAGUCUUGCAUGUGUGUGUGUCCUACCUCUCUGGCCUCCAAAACUCACUGGUUCCACUGUAGGAAGGACCUCUCACCUGUGUGUCACUUGUCAACUUCACUAUGGCAACAGAAGCAACAAAUAAUACAGACCGAAGUGGGGGCUGUAUUAUUUUUAUUUCCCUUGUCUCUGCUGUCUUGUUCCCAGCUACCAUCAUCUGCAGUAGUAGAAAGGGCAACAAAAUGGGGCAUUUAGAGAACUAUUAAAGCUACACAUAAUAAGCUAUGGGGUAGGUACCUGAGGAGUUAUUUUAAGUGCUUUCAGAAUCACACUUCAGCAGCCAUGGCUCUGACAAUGAGGUAUCCCUGUUUAGAAAAUACAAACGAAGCCUUCAGCCAAACACACAUCUACUAAGGAUCUCUGAUGUGAAGUGUUAUGUUAGACACUCUUGGAACCUUUUGUAGGGGAAGAGACCUGCAACAGUGUGGGGAGAGAGCAGAGUGUUUUUCAAGAUGCUUGAGUGCGUGAUUUAAUACACGAGAGUACAGCGGCUCAUGCUUGGGGAGUUUCCUGGUAGAGAUAAGAAAUGCAUUUUUAGGUCAUAGUGCACCUUCUCUGUGUGAGACGGUGUGCUCGGUCCUGGGGGUAAGGCAGAGCGAUCGUUCCUCCCGUGCAGCGGUUCAUGGUCUGGGAGAUGGGCUGCUUUUCUCCCCAAACCUUAACUGUCUGAAUAUCUCACUUUUUAGACUGAAAGCUCCACCAGGGCAGGGACCAAACCUAAAAAUCGAACUUGGUCACUGUUGAGUUCCGGACCCCUAGCACAGUGUCUGAAUAUAGCAAGUGCUUGGUAUGCAUUUGUGGAGAGAACGAAUGCUUGUAUAGUUGAAUGAGCAGUCCCAUUAUGUCGACUGCUAUCAAGACUGUUGUAUACCUAUGAUGGAAGUAGGGACAUGAUACGGGAGGCGGUGGAAGAAGGAACACCUGGUCUUCUUGCGAAGUGAGGGAGUGAGGGAGGCCUCACGGAAACUGGCAUGUGAUGUGUAAGAAGGGAUUUGCUAGGCAGACAUGGCAAGAGGCAUGGGGUAGUCAGGGUGUCGCGGUGCUUACAUUCUGCUGAGCAGGAUGCUGGUGGCCUGCUGAUUUUUAAUAAAUUUAUUUAUUUAUUUAUUGACUGUUGGGUCUUCAUUGCUGUGCGCGGGCUUUCUCUAGUUGCGGCGAGCAGGGGCGA